AGUUAUAAGAAAGAACGUUUCUGUCUUAGGCUUGGCCCCAACAAUGACGACAACGGCGCAUGUGCAGAUAAGACCGCCGUGAUGGUUCCCAAAACUGACGACGUUGGAUCACAUCUGCGUUUGAUAUCCCUAUCAUUCUCCCAACAUCAUAAUGGCAAUUCAUCCCUCCGAACUAGCUAUAGUUCAGCCUAAGGCUGUUCCCCAAGGUACACCAGAUUACGAAAAGAAACGAGCAUCAAUCCUCGAAGCCUUUGCGGCAAAAGUGCCUCCUGAACUACGCCUAUCUCCAAAAAUUACUGCCGAUCCACCAAAGGAUGUGUCUCAAAUACCAAUCACCUGCGGCAUACUUACACCCGCCGAGAUCAACAUCACUGAAAAGUACGAUGCAGUAGGCCUUGCUGAAGCCAUCGCCGCACGCAAGUUGUCAGCAGUCGAAGUAGCCACCGCAUUUUCAAAACGUGCUAUUAUCGCACACCAAAUGACAUGCUGCUUGACUCAAUGGUUCAUGGAUGAUGCGAUCAAGAGGGCACAAGAGCUGGACAAAUAUCUAGAAAAGAACGGAAAGACGAUCGGCCCUCUUCAUGGAGUUCCUAUCAGCAUCAAGGAACAUAUGCCCAUUGCUGGAACCUACUCAUCACAAGGCUCCUUGGCGAGUACCGUCUUCGACGAGAAAGACUGUCUGUUGGUGUCAAUGCUAAGAAGUAUGGGCGCGGUAUUCUACUGCAAGACCAACCAGCCUCAAACAAUCAUGCAUCUGGAAACGACAUCUCAUUACGGUCGAUCGCUGUGCCCUUUCAACAUUGAUCUCAGCGCAGGCGGCUCAUCUGGUGGCGAGGCUGCACUUGUUGCAAUGAAAGGCUCAGUUCUUGGUGUAGGCACGGACAUUGGCGGCAGUAUUAGAGGCCCUGCCGCUUUCUGCGGCAUCUAUGGUUACAAGUCGACAUCUUACAUGUUGCCGAUGAAAAACUUCCUCGGACAUGCAUUUUCUGCAGAACUCAAUAUUUUGUGUAGGCAAGUACGCCUGUACGAAUUGCACGUAAAACAUACACUGACUUCAUUUACCUACAUAUAGCACUGGUCCGUUUUGCCGGAGUUUGCGAGACAUGGACCUUUUCAUGACGACUGUUUUGGGUCAGAAACCGUACUUGAUGGAUCCCAAGGUAGUGCCACUUCCUUGGACGGGACUAACGACUAAGACGAGGAAACCAUUGAGAAUCGGUGUCAUCGAGAACGACGGCUUCGUUGAUCCUCAGCCACCAGUAAAGCGCGCUAUAACAUGGGCU